GCAACUCCGGGACAGAGUCUAGCGUCACUUCCUGCUCUGUACCCGGACCAACCAAUUACACGCCAGCUAUUUCGUCUCCCGCCUCAUCUCCAUGGUGACAAGAAGGGCCCGCCUUUUCCGGCCCCUUUGGGGAGCCGCUCGUCCCUCAACAUGGGGACAAUAUACUUGUUUCGCAAGUCUCAGAGAUCUCUACUUGGCAAGUUGACACAGGAAUUUAGAUCAGUAGCAUCUGAUCGGAGGUCCUGGAAGAUCUUGCUGUUUGGUGCAAUAAAUGUAGUAUGUACUGGUUUUCUUCUUAUGUGGUGCAGUUCUACCAACAGCAUAGCUUUAACUGCAUAUACCUACCUAACAAUAUUCGAUCUGUUCAGCUUAGUAACUUGCUUGAUAAGUUAUUGGGUGAUGAUGAAAAAGCCUUCCCCAGCCUAUUCUUUUGGGUUUGAGAGAUUUGAAGUCUUAGCAGUAUUUGCCUCAACAGUUCUGGCACAGCUCGGGGCACUUUUUAUACUAAAAGAAAGUGCUGAGAGAUUUCUGGAACAGCCAGAGAUUCACACGGGUCGAUUGUUGGUUGGCACCUUUGUGGCACUCUCUUUCAACUUGUUUACAAUGCUAUCUGUUAGAAACAAACCUUUUGCUUAUGUCUCUGAAGCUGCAAGUACAAGUUGGCUUCAGGAGCAUGUUGCAGAUCUCAGUAGGAGUUUGUGUGGUAUCAUUCCUGGCUUGAGCAGCAUCUUUCUUCCACGCAUGAAUCCUUUCGUUUUGAUUGACCUUGCUGGGGCUUUAGCUCUCUGCAUUACAUACAUGCUCAUCGAAAUUAAUAAUUAUUUUGCUGUUGAUACUGCCUCUGCAGUAGCCAUUGCCUUGAUGACGUUUGGGACCAUGUAUCCCAUGAGUGUCUACAGUGGGAAAGUAUUGCUUCAGACAACACCACCUCAUGUGAUUGGACAGCUAGAUAAACUUAUAAGAGAGGUUUCAACAUUAGAUGGCGUCUUAGAAGUUCGAAAUGAACACUUCUGGACAUUGGGGUUUGGUUCAUUGGCUGGAUCAGUACAUGUGAGAAUUCGAAGAGAUGCCAAUGAACAAAUGGUUCUUGCUCAUGUGACCAAUCGAUUAUGUACAUUAGUGUCUACUUUGACAGUUCAGAUUUUCAAGGAUGAUUGGAUCAGGCCUGCCUUGACCACCGGACCUAUUGCGAACAAUAUGCUGAAUCUUUCAGAUCAUUACAUAAUACCCAUGCCGCCUCUAAAGGUUGCAGAAAACUCUAGCCCUGCCACAUCCACUCCAGCUAAAGCAAGCAGCCUUCCUCCUGAAUUCUCUUUUAAUACUCCUGGCAAAAAUAUGAACCCGGUCAUUCUGGCAAACACUCAAACAAGGCCUUAUGGACUUGGCUUCAACCGUGGGACUGUACCUUACAGCAGCGUCUUCACUUCAGGAUUGGGAGUACCAGCAAUAGGGGCAACCCAGGGAUUCAGGACUGGUCUGAUAAAUGCCCCCCACAGAUAUGGAACUGGCACUCGGGGUCAGUCCAGACCUUAAUAAACUAUUUUUUUGUAUUUAUUGUUUGAAUUUAUUUUUCAUCUAUAUUAUCGCCCAUUUUUCUAUAGGACCAUUCAAUUUUUUUAGCUGUAUAGAAUCCAAAAACCCAUGAAAAUGUAUGCUCUGAUUUCAUCUAUGAAGAUUAUUGCUCUUUGACUGUGAAUUGAUUUGCUCCUUGUCACUUUCUAGCUUGGCAAUGAGUGACCUGCUUCAUAUUUUAUUGCUUCUUUUGUAAUUGAUUAUGGCACAAUAUAUGAACGAGUCUCCUGAAAAGAACAAAUUAGCAAAGGAGUGUGUGAUCAAGCUGGUGAUCAAUGAAUGAGUUCUCUAUGAACAAAAUCUUCCUCUAUCCUUUUUCUAUAAUCUUGGUGCCUCUGAUGUAAUCAAACUAUCAUUUUUAAAAUUCACAGUUUCCUUAAGUAAAAAAAAGUUUCACAAAACUAGGUCUCUUGGAGGGCCAGGGGAUACUGUUGGAAGUCAGUUUGACAUUCCAGGUCAUAUACAAGAGUUUGUCAGCUACUUUGUGGUUGUAACUAUUGCAGAUUAGUGUUUAUAUCUAUCUUUUUGAUGAUAUGUUGGGAAAUAAAAUAUCACCUAGAGUGUUGCUUUUAAA